CCACAAAAUUUAAAUAAUUCACUCAUUAUUGCCAUAACUAAAUUUCAAACAAUCAUAUCUUUUUUCUUUUAUUUUUCUAGAACAAAAAAAUUAAAAAAUAUAAUAAAUUAAAGUCGACCCUACUGGCUACGCCUAUAUAAUAAGGCACCUUCCCUUCAACAAAUCCAUUCAUUGAGUCCUCAUUUUCACUAUACCAAUUCAAACUUAUAAACCGUCCAAUCAUUUUCUCCGGCGAAAGUGUGUGUGUUUCCGGUGGUGUAUCACUGUGUGUUUCUAUGUACAUGAAUUAUUCUGAAUCUAUUUACUUAUGCAUAUUUUUGCAUACAUAUUAUACAAUCUUCUUCGAUUUUCUUUUCAAAUUCCUCUCCUUAUUCUCCAUUUUCCCUCCCAAUUUUCCUGGAAAUUUUGAAACUGUAACCGCUCUUUGGAAGCGUAGAGGAUUUUUUCCAUUUUUGUAGAGUUUUGACUGUUCGAUUUUAAAAGCGUUUUAUAAAAUGGAUAAUGAAGUGUUUGAUAGUGUGAAAUUUGAGAAAAACAAAGCGAUUGCUAGGUAUAAUCGGUUUCAAAAUAUGAUGAAGAUGCUGCAAAUUUUAGAAGUUUUUGUGGCGGUUGCUUUGAUUUCCUGGUCAUGGACUCGUAUUCCGACGGUGGUGAAAAUAUCAGGCGAAUUUUUGGUUAAAGUGACUGGUUAUUUGUUCAAACCGCAUAUAGUUUUUCUCCUCGGCAAUGCGAUUAUUGUUGCAAUCGUCGUGCUUUGCCGGCAGACUGAUGCCGGAGCGAACAAUUCUGUUGGUGAUGAUGAUGUUCUAAACGAGGAGAUUCACCAUACUGAUACUUCAGUUCAACAACAGAUUGUGAAUGAUUUGCCAGAUUUAUCUCCUGCUUCGCCGCCGGAGAUAGCGGAGCCUAUUGUAGCAGCAAUUGAAGAUAAACAGAUCGUUUUAUCGGAGUGUAAGGCUCCGGAGAUUCAAUGCAACGACAUGGAUACAGCAAUAGACACAGCAACAAAGCAAAUUCAAAAGUUCAAAAGGACUCAAUCUGAGAAACUGAAGAAACAAAUUACAACGAAUCCACUAAAAGAGCUCCGGCGUUCGGAAACAGAUAGACGCACGAUAGUACCAGUGGAGGGAGUCGAUACACUGAGCAAUGAAGAAUUUCGGCUUACAAUUGAAGCAUUCAUAAAGAAGAACCAAAUCUUCUUCGAAAAACAGAGGUUAGCCGAAAAUGAACCAGAAAAAUAUGAACGAAUUGGUAUCGAAGCUUUCUGAAAAACUGUUACAUUUUGUUCAAUUGAAGGAAAAUUACAGUCUAUGAACCAUGGAGAAAUAGUUAUUAUUACUACUACUACUGGUUACCGAUUUACCGUAUCGCGAAAGUUCAAUGAGUAUUACUGUUAAUUACUAGCACCUCUUAAUGAGAUAUGAAUGUACAGAGCUACUCUGCCUAUUCCCUGUUUUUCUGGAAUUAGGAAGCUAAGUUUGCUUAAUCAACUGUAGUACUGUACCUGUUGUUCAGUUUACUACUAUAUGCAAUUCUACUUUCCAAUAAUAGUAAUUUUUGGUUA